AUGGGGUUGAGGGACUGGCUGAGGACCGUGUGCUGUUGCUGCCGGUGUAAGUGCCUGGAGGAGCCUGCCCUGCCGGAGAAGGAGCCUCUGGUCAGUGGUAACAAUCCAUAUUCCUCAUUUGGGGCAACUCUGGUGAGGGAUGAUGAAAAGAAUUUGUGGAGUAUGCCUCAUGAUGUGUCGCACACGGAGGCAGAUGACGACAGAAUCCUGUACAACCUGAUAGUCCUUCGUAAUCAACAGGCCAAAGAUUCCGAGGAAUGGCAAAAACUCAACCAUGAUAUCUAUGCCCUGCGGCAGAUUCGAAGGGAAGUGAGAAACAGAUGGAAAUGCAUUUUAGAAGAUUUAGGUUUUCAAAAGGAAGCAGACUCUUUGUUGUCAGUUACUAAACUCAGCACCCUCAGUGACUCUAAAAACACAAGGAAAGCCCGAGAAAUGUUGUUAAAACUGGCUGAAGAGACCAAUAUUUUUCCAACAAGUUGGGAGCUCUCAGAGAGAUACCUCUUUGUUGUGGACCGUCUCAUUGCUCUGGAUGCUGCAGAAGAAUUCUUUAAAAUUGCCAGUCGAACUUAUCCCAAGAAGCAUGGAGUCCCGUGCAUGGCAGAUGGCCAGAAAGAACCGCACUACUUUCCAUUUCCAAGUCCGUGAAGGAAAGACUCAGAGGCAGAAUUGGAAUUCUUCCACUGGGACUCAGUAGCCAACCACAGUUGGACAAUUGCAUGUGGAAGAGUGUGAGCAAGUAGAAGACUUGCUAAGUAAAAAAUGAAGGACUGUGAAUCCUGCAAAAAUCUAAGGAUCUGGAUAUCUGGACUUCAUAAGGACCUUACUCUAUGAAAUGUUCAGCUUGCAUUGAAAUACCUUGAUGAUCUUGCACUUACAAAGAGAUCAAUGGGUAUUUCAUCAUGGAUGCUUAGAUUCCAAGAAGAACCUACUGCCCCAGUUUGGGUUUUGGUUGUACAAUAACCUCCUAUCAUUAAUCCUAUUGGGAUAAUGGAAUGUUCUAGUUAAUGAAACAAUAUAAUUAAUAGAGCCCUCAUAGAGCCCAAACGUGGAUUACCAAUUUCUAAAUAAUUAUCAUGCAGUAUAGGUCAACACCAAAAUAAUGCUAAGCAUAAUGUACCUUUCUUUGAUUUGGAAGAACUACAGAACCUUGGAGGAUGUCAUGGGUAUCAUGUUGAGUAUCAGUUAUGAUUAUUCAGAAGUAUAGGUAUACCAGAUAAUAGAGAUGUCUAGGAGUGCUGCUCAGAAGUGAGCUCCAAGUGGAAUGACUCCAAACAGAACUUUCUGCAGCCACGUGUAAAAGUUCUCUCUUCACUUGUGGCACAUGCAUCUUAAAUUCUCACAUUAUUGAUAAACCAGGUUACCUCAUUUUUGCAUAUUGUCCAUUACUAGUCCAAAAGCCCUUAACAUUUUAUCUGGGAUAUCAUCUGUAAGUUGAAACACCUGGCCACCACUUCCUUUUCUUCCGUUAAUUAUUACUGUUUCUAGCUUAUUGGCUGAAAGU